AUGGUGUCCUCCUCCGUCCCUCCCGCCACCGCACCCGCGGCAGCUGGAGGCCCCGGCCCGGGAUUCGGCUUCGCCUCCAAAAUCAAGAAGAAGCAUUUCGUGCAGCAGAAAGUGAAGGUGUUCCGGGCCGCCGACCCACUGGUGGGCGUGUUCCUGUGGGGCGUCGCCCACUCGAUCAACAAGCUCAGUCAGGUGCCGCCCCCAGUGAUCUUUAAAGCCAGCUCCAAGAUCAAGGUCAACAAUCACCUUUUCCAUAGAGAAAAUCUUCCCAGUCAUUUCAAGUUCAAGGAGUAUUGUCCCCAGGUCUUCAGGAACCUGCGAGAUCGGUUUGCCAUUGAUGAUCAUGAUUACUUGGUGUCCCUUACUCAAAGCCCCCCAAGAGAAACCGAAGGCAGUGAUGGCCGCUUCCUUAUCUCCUAUGACCGCACUCUGGUCAUCAAAGAAGUAUCCAGUGAGGACAUCGCGGACAUGCACAGCAACCUCUCCAGUUACCACCAGUACAUAGUGAAGUGUCACGGCAACACCCUUCUGCCCCAGUUCCUGGGCAUGUACCGGGUCAGUGUAGAAAAUGAAGAUAGCUAUAUGCUCGUGAUGCGCAAUAUGUUUAGUCACCGUCUUCCUGUGCAUAGGAAGUAUGACCUCAAGGGCUCUCUGGUAUCCCGAGAAGCCAGCGAUAAGGAAAAGGUUAAAGAACUGCCAACACUGAAGGAUAUGGACUUUCUUGACAAGAACCAGAAAGUGUAUAUUGGUGAAGAAGAGAAGAAAGUGUUCCUGGAAAAGCUGAAGCGAGAUGUGGAGUUUCUAGUGCAGCUGAAGAUCAUGGACUACAGCCCACUGGGCAUCCACGACAUCAUUCGGGGCUCUGAACCGGAGGAAGAGGGGCCUGUGAGGGAGGAGGAGUCAGAGUGGGAUGGGGACUGUAAGCUGACUGGACCUCCUGCUCUGGUAGGCUCCUAUGGCACCUCCCCUGAGGGCAUUGGAGGCUACAUUCAUUCCCACCGGCCCCUGGGCCCAGGAGAGUUUGAGUCCUUCAUCGAUGUCUAUGCUAUCCGGAGUGCCGAGGGGGCCCCCCAGAAGGAGGUGUAUUUCAUGGGCCUCAUUGACAUUCUAACACAGUAUGAUGCCAAGAAGAAAGCAGCUCAUGCAGCCAAAACCGUCAAGCAUGGGGCAGGGGCAGAGAUCUCCACUGUCCAUCCUGAGCAGUACGCUAAGCGAUUCCUGGAUUUUAUUUCCAACAUCUUUGCCUAAGUGGCUGCCUGACCGGGGUGAUCGCUGCUUUAUGUUGGGGGUGGCAGGUUCUGAGAGGCUUAGGGGAGCUGGAUUUGGCCAUUACUUCUCUUUGCUAAAUUCAGGCUACAGGCUCCUUCCAUCCAAAUACCUUUGUUCUGGCGGAUAAUGUUUUCCUGUCCCAGAACUACACUGUCCUUUCUCCCCUCAUCCAUCUCUCUUCCCUCCCUCCUUGCUCC